UCAGCAGCCCUCUCUUCGCCGUCAGCCACCGUUGAAAACCCAGAACCCUCCCUGAUUCUCCGCUUUCCCUUCUUCUUCCUUUCCAGGAAGAAGACUCCACGGCUCUGCACUACUUGGAUUUGCGCGAAGAGAGGUCGAAAUGAAGACCAUCCUGUCAUCGGAGACGAUGGAUAUCCCUGACGGGGUCACCAUCAAAGUGAACGCCAAGCUGAUAGAGGUGGAGGGUCCCCGUGGAAAGCUCACUCGCAACUUCAAGCAUCUGAACCUCGACUUCCAGCUGAUCAAGGAUGAGACGACCGGCAAGCGCAAGCUCAAGAUCGAGGCAUGGUUCGGGUCCAGGAAAACCAGUGCUGCCAUCCGCACCGCCCUCAGCCACGUCGAGAACCUUAUCACUGGCGUCACCAAGGGAUACCGCUACAAAAUGCGAUUUGUCUACGCUCAUUUUCCUAUUAAUGCCUCCAUUACCAACUCUAACAAGUCCAUCGAGAUCCGCAAUUUUCUUGGAGAAAAAAAGGUUCGGAAAGUGGAAAUGCUUGAAGGUGUAACCAUCCUUCGCUCUGACAAGGUUAAGGAUGAACUUAUCCUUGAUGGAAAUGACAUUGAACUUGUUUCACGUUCAGCAGCUCUCAUUAAUCAGGUGAAUUUAAAUGCCAUGUGAAGAACAAGGAUAUUAGGAAGUUCCUUGAUGGUAUUUAUGUUAGUGAGAAGGGCAAAAUUGCCGAAGAGGAUUGAUUACUAGCAUUUCCAGAAUUGGUAUAGUGCUCCUUUGGGCUUUUUGGUAGUAAUAUCCAUAACCCUGCAAUUUCUUUUUCUCUUGUUUUUCAUUCAUCUUAGACUGCUCUUAUGAGAAUCAUAAAUCACACCAUUUCUCUUUUCGAGUUAUUUAAUUUUCGGAAUGGCAGUCUCGGUGACUAGCGUAUCUGUUUGCUCUCCAUGAAUGAUCUAAACCUUAUUUAUUCUACCUAGAAGAGUUAGCACUGGAUUAGAAAGAAGGAUUACACAUAGCAAUUUACUGGAAGAAUCUCAUCUGAUUAAGAAAGCUUUCCAAUUGAGUA